AUACAUUUUUCUUAAAAUAUUUUGUAAAGCGUAGGAUUUCCCUUUUCUAAGAAAGGUGUGAAAUCAUCAGCCAGGGCAGGCGUUUAUGGCAGAAGUGGAAGACGACGAAGUAGAAGACGACGAAGAAGAAGACGAAACAGAGGCGGAGUCUCAGGCCAGCCCGGCCAUGUCCAUGACUUCCUAAAUCCCCACAAACCCAAUCCGCAAAAACCAUACAUAUAUCUAUCGCGCAGGGAGAGAGACAAAGAGAAGGAGAAAUAGUCUUACCAAAUUAUGGGCAAAAAGCCCGGCUCUUCUUCACGGACGACCGGGUGGCCUCGCUUGAGGAGGCCGGCUACGUCUCCACCGCCCGUGUUAACGCCGCUGAUCGGAGGAUCCAGUUCGCCUCAGAACAACAACAACAACAACAGCUUGAUGGCUGGAGGAGGAGGAGGGGGUGUGGGGAAGGGGAAGAAGAAGACUGGGGGGGCGAAGCUGUGGAUGAGGUUCGACCGGUCGGGGCGGUCGGAGCUGGUGGAGUGCGACAAGAGCGCCAUCGUUCGGCGCGCAGCUAUUCCCGCUAGGGAUUUGAGGAUUCUUGGCCCUGUCUUCUCUCACUCCUCCAGUAUCCUUGCCAGGGAGAAAGCCAUGGUUGUCAAUUUAGAGUUUAUAAAGGCUAUAGUUACAGCUGAAGAAGUGCUGUUGCUUGAACCUCUCCGCCAGGAGGUUCUUCCUUUUGUGGAUCAGCUAAGGCAACAAAUUCCUCAUAAAAGCCCAUUCCAGGGAGCGGGCCACAUGGAUGAACAAGAUAACGAAAUGCAUGUUUCAACAGGGAGACAAUGGCUACCUGUUCCAGAAGCCACGGAAGGUUUGCAGUAUGAGCUUCCUUUCGAGUUUCAGGUCCUGGAGAUUGCAUUAGAGGUUGUGUGUACAUAUUUGGAUUCCAGUGUGGCAGACCUCGAGAGAACUGCUUACCCUGUGUUGGAUGAACUAGCCAGGAAUGUUAGCACCAAGAAUCUUGAACAUGUGAGGACUCUGAAGAGUAAUCUUACCCGCUUACUUGCACGUGUGCAAAAGGUAAGGGAUGAAAUUGAACAUCUAUUAGAUGACAAUGAAGAUAUGGCACAUUUAUACCUGACGAGGAAGUGGAUCCAGAAUCAACAAUCUGAGGCUUUACUGGGAGUUGCUGCUUCAAAUAGCAUAGUUACCGCUUCCCCCCAUCUUCAUCGACUUAGUUCUGCCAGGAGCGGAAGUUUGGUGACUAGCAACUUUCAGGCUGAGAAUGAUGUAGAGGAUCUGGAGAUGUUGCUUGAAGCUUAUUUUAUGCAGCUAGAUGGAACUCGAAACAAGAUAUUGUCUGUUCGAGAGUAUAUUGAUGACACAGAAGAUUAUGUUAACAUCCAACUUGACAACCAGCGGAACGAACUUAUUCAACUUCAGUUGACAUUGACCAUUGCAUCAUUUGCUAUUGCUGCUGAAACUUUGAUAGCUGGGCUGUUUGGUAUGAACAUCCCUUGUACAUUGUACAAGAAGAACGGGAUAUUUGGGUUCUUUGUUGGAGGCUCUUCAGCAGGUUGUGUAUUGCUUUUCCUGCUUGUCUUAGGAUAUGCCAGAUGGAAGAAGCUGCUUGGUUCAUAAGCCCACCUCAUUAUCUUAUUUGGCUGUGCUUUUCGAUAUUUGAACAUCAACAUGUUUAUGAUCUUAUUACUGAAUCCCAGUAAUGGGAAGUCUCUUUCAUGUGCAAGCUGUAAUUGAGGGCCAGUAUCAAAUUGCUUUUGAUACAUGUAAGGAUGCAUAAAAAGGUACAUUGCACUCAAUGUGGCUGCUACAACUUCCUCUCGAAUUUUUUGUUUUCGAAUAUGAUAACAGUUCCUAUAAAAUCUCCAAGAUUUGUUCUGAAA